GGAUGAUAGUUCUAUAUCUUAGCUUAAUUGGAAUAAUCUGUGUAAAUGCCCUUCCCUACUAUAGGGACCGAAUUCCUAAUGGAUACAAAGUAUUUAAUCCAUGUGGUUCCAGCUACUGGGAGGCUGUAGGGCAUUACAGUCCCUUUACCCACACCAGUGAGAAAAACCCAUUCGCCUUGGAUUUUAAAGCGGCUGGACAUACGUGGACCAGAGCUCUGUGUAUGAAGGACUCGGACGGAGAUGGUAGGACUAAUGGUCAGGAACUGGGGGAUCCGAACUGUCACUGGACUGAGGGAGGUACACCAAAAGAGAGUUCUACAGGACACCCAGGUAUUUGUGAACCUGUUGGAUCUGGGGUAUGUGCAUCAGUUGUAUUUGCCUGCGGAUGCCAUGGAUCGGCUUGUGUUUCACGAAAUUAAUAGUAGAUGUUUCUUUAAAUAAAAAAUAAAUAA